UUGACAUUGUGUUUUCUGUAACUUAUAUUUUAUUUUCAGGUUCAGUUUUUCGAUUUCCAUGCGAUGGUUAACAUCAACAGGGUUAGACGCGAAAGAGGGUCUCGUAAACGUUCCUGGUUUUACCACAUUAAUGACGGGUAUCAUUACCACAUAAAUAACAUCAGAAAUAGGAAAGUAUAUUUGAAGUGUAUUCACUUUGGGAAGCAUUGCCAUGGAAGGGCUUUGUACUCCCGUCGACAAGGUUUUAUCCACACCAAGAGACAUGACGGGUGCAGAAGAGACCGCCACUAUCCUAAUGUAAUGCGACUUCGCAGAAGGAUCCUGAAAAGAUGUACAUCUCUGGAAGUAAUUUCGUUUAGGGAGAUCAUAACUCAAGAGAGUAGAGGGUUCCCAAUUGGAGUAACAAGUCGUGUUAGGCUGGCAAACAUGCGCUCAGCCAUGCAGAGAGCACGAUACAGUGCCCUCCCACCUCCCCCUCAAUCUCUGGAAGAGUUGACAGCAAUUCUGCAGGAUCCAAGAUAUAGGGUUCUGACAGCUACAUCUGACGGGCGGGAUAAUUUGUAUGCUGCUAGUGUUAAUGCAGCAGAUGGGUCUCAUCAUGUGAUAUUUAUGACUCGACGUAUGGCUCGAGUAUUGAGACAACUUAAAAUUUUAUUCGGAGAUGGCACUUUUAAGACUCUUCCAAACAUGGAAGACUUGGAUGCAGCUUCUCAGAUUUUCUGUGUUGUUGGGAACUGGGACCAUACUGUUUUGCCUGUAGCAUGGGUGCUAAUGCAGGCUAGAACAAUCCCAGCUUACACAGCAGUUUUAAGUGCUAUUCAAGACCUUGUGGGCAAUGUCUUCCCUAAUCUAGAAACAUUUAUAUCUGAUUUUGAGCCUGCCAUACGCGCAUCUGUCAUUGCUCAAUUUCCUGGUGUAACUUUACAGGGAUGCUUUUUUCACCUGGUGCGAGUAAGUUCUGCAUUUACAGUUAAAUUGAAGAACCAGCUGCUAAAGUAA